AGAAGUUGAAAGUACGUCAAGGAAGGGAAUUCCGGCGGAACGCCGAAGCCGGGCGCUUUUGGUUCCCUGGUGCUUUAGAUGUUGGACGGUGGAGACCUCUUGUUUGGCAUCUCCUGGCGGGAUGAUGUUGGCCCGGCUGACAGCAAAACCAGAGAGGAAGCUUGCCAAACAGCUUUGCAAAGUGGUACUGGACCAUUUUGACACACAGUAUUCCAGAGAACUUGGAGAUGCCUGGAGCGCAGCAAGGGAUAUAUUAAUAUCUCCAUCAUGCUGGCAACAUGCUGUUCUUCUUAACCGAUUCAAUUACCCUUUUGAACUGGAAAAGGAUUUACAUUUCAAGGGCUAUCACACACUCUUUCAAGGAUCUUUACCCUAUUAUCCUAAAUCAAUGAAGUGUUAUCUUAGCAGAAUUCCCCACCGGAUACCUUCAGAAAGACACCAAAUUGGAACCCUAAAAAAAUACUAUCUCCUGAACGCUGCCUCUCUUCUCCCAGUACUGGCUCUUGAAUUAAGGGACGGAGAGAAGGUUCUGGAUCUGUGUGCUGCUCCUGGAGGCAAAUCAAUUGCUCUGCUGCAGUGUGCUUGUCCAGGUUAUCUUCAUUGUAAUGAGUAUGAUAGUCUGAGAUUGAGGUGGCUGAGGCAGACGUUAGAAUCUUUCAUCCCGGAGCCUUUGGAAAAUGUAAUUAAAGUGUCUGAAUUGGAUGGCAGAGAAAUGGGAGAUGCCCAGCCUGAAAAGUUUGACAAGGUGUUAGUUGAUGCUCCAUGUUCAAAUGAUCGAAGUUGGUUGUUCUCUUCUGAUUCUCAGAAGGCAGCCUGUAGGAUAAGCCAAAGGAGAAAGUUGCCGGUUCUACAGAUAGAACUCUUAAGGUCUGCAGUUAAGGCGUUGCGUCCCGGAGGGUUACUUGUGUACUCUACAUGCACACUUUCCAAAGCAGAAAAUCAGGAUGUGAUCAGUGAAAUUUUAAAUUCCUGCAGUAAUGUCAUGCCUGUGAACAUAGAGGAAAUGGCAAGGACUUGCUCCCAAGACUUCGCAUUUGCGCCCACUGGCCAGGAGUGUGGACUUUUGGUGAUUCCAGAAAAGGGCAAAGCGUGGGGCCCGAUAUGCUGAACUGAAGAAUAGAAAUUUGGAGCAGCCUUGCAAUGUCAAUUGUAAAGCAAGGAGUAAUUGAUAUUACUUUCUGUGGCAUUGAGUUACUUUCAAAAUAGCUUUAUAAAAAUUUAGGUUGCUUACCAACACAUUAACUUCUCUCUGCCAUCAGCACACUGAACAGCCACUAGUUUCAGAAAUAGACUAUGAAUAAAUGUAAUGCAUUUAAAUGGUGUGUACUGAAUUUUUAAAGCAUCAGAUACUAUCUGUGGUUUGGAAUCAAGGCAGUCUGCAGUCCUUUUAUCCAAUUAUAUAUAUCCAUCUAGCCUUAUGCUCAAGAUUGCAUGUUAUCCCCUUAGCAGUAUUGUGAAAAAUAUCCUUUUAUACAGGGUGAGUAGGCAUAAAAUAAUAGAGACCAGACCACUGGCUAUGCAACUAAAUAAAAUUGUUGCACAUCUAAUAGGCCCUUAUCCAACUAGGCUGUAUCUUGGGAGAUAAGCAUCAGAUAAUCUGCAUAGGCUAAUGUAACUCAUCUGGAAUACAAAGAAAAAAUUGGAACCACUAGCAACACUUUUAUUAGAUACCUGGAAGUCCUUUGAUGCAAUUGAAUGGGCUACUUGUAUUAUGUGCUAGGUAAAUUUGACUUUGGGGACAAGUAUAACAGCACAUUUUACUUUCAACCCAUUUAUAUGGUUCAAAUAAAUGGUUUAUAGUCUCUCUUUCCUUGCCUUAUUGCUGCAUUGUGGAGGGAAGAAAGGAUGGUGCCCAUGACUGAUGGAACUCUUCAGGCUGACAUUGAGCUAUAAUAUCACCCAGGUCCCAUGGGUAUCUGAAGGGUAUUCAGAUGAAAGUUCAUAAGUUAACUAAUAUCUGCUGAUAAUCUACUUUUUGUUCCAAAAGCCCUAACAACAUCUGUCCUGAAAACAUUAAAAGUAAUA